AUAUGGGAUACCGCUGGCCAGGAGCGAUUCCGUUCCAUUACUCAGUCAUACUACAGAUCCGCAAAUGCUCUCUUAUUGUCGUUUAUGAUGUUUGCUGCCAAGCAUCUUAUGACAGUCUUAUCCAAUGGAUAAAUGAAAUCGAAACUCAUACUAACAGCAAAGUGUUAACUUAUUUAGUUGGUAACAAAAUUGAUCAGAUAAAUCGCAGAGAAAUACCUACUACAAUAGAACAAUUUGCAAAUCGUUACGAGAUGACUUUCUUGGAAACAUCAGCAAAAGAAGCUGACAAUGUUGAAAAGUUAUUUUUUGAUAUUGCACGAGAACUGACGAAACAAGCUAAAGCUCAUGAACUUCGGCCUCAUAAUAACAAAGCGUUUCCCUCUGGGAAGACAACUCCAGUAUCUAGCUACAGUUGUCAAGCUUAAAUUUUAUAUAUUGUUCUGAAACCUCCUCAAUCCAUCAGUUCUAUUAGACCCAAUAAGAUUUGUUUUUUAUGUUCCCUAAUUAUCAUUUACAAUGUCCUUUUUAUGUUAUUUCCUCACCUAAAAAUCCUGUUUAGAUGAGGAUUUCUGCAGGGAUGUCUGUUUGCCCUUCUUUUGAUAUAUGUAAUCUGGAGUGAAAUAUAUUUCUUAGCUCUAAUAUAAUAACUCCUUACUAAAGCUGUUUUUUUGUUUUUUUUCCACUGUGAUAUCUUGCCAGCAACCUAUUACUGAAAUUGCAUUGGCAUUAUUUGCUUCACAUUUUAGUAACAACAUAAUGAAAAAAACACAUCUGCUAUAUAUAUAUAUAUACAGAUAUACACAAACAUACUCAUAUACCACAUUAGUGCUAUUUUCAGUUUAGUAUCUAAAGGUACUAAGUUAUUUUGUAUCUCCUACUACUAAAUCUUAUUUAUAUGAUUCUUUUGAAUAUCUUACACCUAACAAUAGGAAGCUGGCAUGUAUAACAAUUUAGAAAUAGUUGAUAAAAACUAAAUGAUGUUGCUUCAUUUAAAAGUUCUUGUAUAACUCAUGAAAAAUUUCUAUCAUUAAUAUAGAUUGUUAUAUUUUGACAGUGUGAAAUAAUGACAGAAGGAUUGUGGUAAGUGGUUACUGAACUAUUGGUCGUGAGUUCAAAUAUUUGUGUUGUAAACUUGGAAAUGCAUAUGACUAGCUAGCAUGAAAGUGUGUAUUGCUCUCAUUAUAUGACACAAUAGCUAGAUAUUAAGGAGAGCAACCAGACAUACAAGAAAAAAGUUUUCUAUAAACAUAAACAGUUGGAUUUAUAGACCUGACUACUUUGUCAUAAUGGAAAAAUAGGCACCGGAUGAAAAAUUUGUUA